GCAUGUUCGCAAUGCGCGAAAUCCAAAUGCAAAUGCAUCUCAAGACCUGGUGGUGCCUGUGAGCGAUGCGAUCGCUUGAAAAAGAUCUGCGUGCCUGGAAAUUCAUUGCGGGCGCGACAGACCCAACGCAAUAAUUCGAUCGCUCGCCUGGAUCAGCUCGAGGGGAAACUAGAUAACCUCGUCUCGAUAUUAGGGUCUGGUGGAGAUUUGAACAGCCCGUCUCCUGGAAUUAAUCAUGUAUCCCCUCCCAUUUCUACCUCCAGCACAUCGAACUCAUGGAGUGCAUCAACUGUUGCGACUUCAUUGGCUUCCACGGCAGCUCCUGGGCCUUCGGACGAGCAACAUCUGAGUUAUUUUCGGAAUCACCUUCUAAAAUACUUCCCUUUCUUGCAUCUCCCACCAGAAACCGACUCAAAUCAACUACGACGAGAUCGACCAUUCUUGUGGCUUUGCCUUGUGGCAGCAGCGUCUCAAUCUACGCAGACGAAGCUCGCCUUGGGCGACCGAAUCAAGCAGGAGGUGACACGGCGUAUUUUCCUUGACAAUGAACCUACGAUCAACAUCGACCUACUUCUCGGUCUUCUCAUCUUUCUUGCUUGGGGUCACAAUCAACUUCUCAAUUCCAACCCUGCCCAAUUGGCCAGAUUUACGCAGCUGGCGACAACAUUGGUGUUUGAUCUUCGCUUGAAUAAGCCUCCAUCGGACGAGUCCAACAUGCUACCCAUAAGCCAAUGCGUGAACCCCUCCAAAGGCCUGCCACGGUCCCUUGAGGAGAAACGAGCCGUCCUAGGGUGUUUUGUGCUAAGCUCAAUUGUUUCCGUAUACUUUGGGCACAUUGAUCCGAUGCAGUGGACACCUUAUAUGGAUGACUGCAUCAAUGCCUUAAUACAAAGCAAGGAAUCUCCAUAUGAUGAGAUGUUCGUCCUCCAAGUCAGGCUGCAGCGUAUCGUUGGGGAGGUCGAGAGCGUCAGGGAGGCAACAAAGGCUCCGCCAGACUUUUAUUUGAAAUUCCUCCAGCAGAAGGUGGACGAAGUCAAGUCUAGUAUACCAUCACGGUUGCAGCAAGAUCGACUACUCUCUGCCUCAGUGUUCUACACCGAGCUAUCUAUUUUCGGCCUAGUCCUCUCGCGAAAAAGCCCCCCGGGCUUCCAACGACUUGAAUAUCUCUAUUCGUGUCUCAGCACGGUCAAAUCAGCCACGGAAAACUUUCUCACAAUCCCAGUUCCCGACUAUCCGGGGAUAUCUUUUCCAAUUUUCACACAACUCGUUCGGUACAUCAUCGUUCUAUAUAAACUCUCGACUCUCAAUGAUCCAGUCUGGGACCUUAGCCUGGUCAGAGCGAGUAUCGAUGUAAUUCAGGUAAUCGACCAAGUGAUCAAGAACACUGAACAGGCAAUGUCCGAGAUUGGCGAACAAUGCUCCGGAGGGCCUCUUGAACGGGCUAUCGGAAUAUUUGUGAGAUUUAAGGCGUGGUGUCAACCAAAUCUUCCAGCUGCUGCUGGUGCGGUAGCGACUGUGGCUGAAAAUAUGGAUCUCCCAGGGAUCGCAGGGAGUAAUACACAGCUUGAUGCUCUUUUCUUGGAAGACUGGUGGUUGAAAGAUAAUUUGUUCUACGGUUUGGAAGCCAGCGAGAUGGCCUGA